UUCAUCAUCAUCUUCCUCUCUGUACGUGGGGAGAAAAGGGAGCACUUGUGAGUCUGGACAUCGCUGCUGUUUGGACAGUCGGGAUAUUGGAUGCAAUUGUCCGUUCUAUGAGGAGCACAACAUGACGGGAACCAACAAAGCUUUUCCGAUCGUCCCAACGAGAGCCGCCCAAGGGUCCAACGCCACAGAAAACCAAACGCACCCCGCAGGCCAAAGUCCAGAUAAAUUCAAGAGCGAGCCUCAUCAGAUCCACACAUCAUCGUGGUCGGUGGUGGCUUUCUGUAUCGUCAGUUUGUUUGUACUGCUCUCCUUCGGAGCGUGCGCGUGGAAGAAAUGUCUGAAAAAGGACAAGGACAAGAAAAAAGGAAAAGACAAGAGCAAGGGUGGAGAUUUUGACAUGGAAAAUGAUGAACGUUCCAAAGAGCCAGUAAAAGUCGAAAGCAAGAAGGAAACCGAGUUGUCAGACAUCCAGCCAAAGGAGGAUGAAAACUUGGGGAGACUACAUUUCACAUUGGACUACAACUUCACUGAUAAUAUGCUCGUAGUGGGCAUCUUGCAAGCAGCCGGACUUCCUGCCAUGGACGUGGGCGGAAGCUCGGACCCUUACGUUAAGGUUUAUCUGCUCCCGGACAAAAAGAAAAAGUUUGAAACCAAAGUUCACAGGAAGACUCUGGAACCCAAUUUCAAUGAGACGUUCACAUUUAAGGUACCGUACACGGAGCUGGGCGGCAAGACGCUGGUGAUGACUGUGUACGACUUUGACCGCUUCUCCAAGCACGACGCCAUUGGGGUGGUGAAGAUCCCAAUGAGCAGCGUGGACUUCAGCCAGUCGCUGCAGGAAUGGCGCGAUCUGCAGAAGGCGGAAAAAGAGGAGAGUGAGCGGCUCGGAGAUAUUUGUUUGUCCCUGAGGUACGUUCCGACAGCAGGCAAGUUGACUGUAGUGAUCCUGGAGGCCAAAAACCUGAAGAAAAUGGACGUGGGUGGAUUAUCAGACCCUUAUGUGAAGAUCCACUUGAUGCUGAAUGGGAAAAGACUCAAGAAAAAGAAAACCAGCAUCAAGAAGAAUACUUUGAACCCUUACUACAAUGAGUCGUUCAGCUUUGAAGUGUCGUGUGAACAAAUCGAGAAAGUGCAGGUCGCAGUGACCGUGUUGGACUAUGACAAGAUUGGAAAAAACGACGCCAUUGGGAAAGUACUGCUGGGCGGGAGCAUCGCCGGAAGCGAGCAACAUCAUUGGUCGGACAUGCUCGCCAACCCAAGGCGGCCCAUCGCGCAGUGGCACAGCCUUCAACCGGAGGACGAUAUUAAUGCGUUGAUUUCGAAGAAAUAAACAUCUGAGGGGCCCAAUGGAUGAAAGACUCUCCUGAUGUUAUGUACCAUUUCUCCAUCUGUAUCAAACAGCGUAAAGGUGAUCAAUAUGGAAAUAUUAGUGGGCAGCAUGGCAACAGGUAUAACGGCAGUAGGUCUUUUUUUUCUCCAAUAUAUUGGGAGUACUGAAAAUGUCAAACCUUUUUAAAAUAUUGACUUCACAUGUUCCAUUUGAUCACAUUCAAAUUAAAUUAAGUCUUUAAAUUUUUCUACACACUUUUGUGUGAGUGUUUUCCAUCAUCUGCUCUAUAUUCAACCACACGCACAGUACAUCUGUUAUGAUAAUGACACGACAGGGGAGCGACAAUUUUCCUUGAUUAGCUGUUGCAUUAUGCCCACAGAAGGGAUUAUUACAUCAAAUAUCUAUUUUUUUUUUUAUUUUGUAAAUAUGCAUCACAUUAUUUUGAAUGGAAUAAAGCUAUUA